GUGAUAAAUGUCAUGUGAUUUGAUUCUUCCCUCCAUUCGAAACGUACGCCCAUGAGAGCCUGGAGGUGUUUCUGGAGUACCUACGAUCAUUGAAGACAAAGAAAUCCAUCACAAUACAUCAUGUGGCAGUCACUGAUAAUCGGGGCAAGUUUUCUGCUAAUUUUAACGCAGGCUGCACCAGCAGAUGACCUGAUAAAAGUUUUACCGGGCCUUGCCAAGCAACCUAGCUGGAAUCAGUACUCUGGCUACCUUACAGCAGGUGGAACACGAAAGCUUCACUACUGGUUUGUAGAGUCAGCCAAAAACCCUAAGAAGGAUCCUGUCGUUCUAUGGCUUAAUGGUGGUCCAGGAUGUAGCUCUGAUCUAGGUCUCCUGACAGAACAUGGGCCAUUUAGGGUCCAGGAUGAUGGUGCAACACUUUUAUAUAAUCCAUUCAGCUGGAACAAUGUUGCCAACAUGAUAUAUCUUGAAGCACCUGCUGGCGUGGGUUAUUCAUACUCUGAUGAUGGAGAUUACUCAACAAAUGAUGAUCAGACUGCCAAAGACAACUACCUGGCAUUGAAAGACUUCUUUACUAAAUUCCCAGAAUUUGCAUCCAAUGAGUUCUUCAUAACAGGUGAAAGUUAUGGAGGUGUUUAUGUACCUACCCUUAGUGUUCUCGUGCUUGAUGAUAAGGACAUUAAUUUCCAGGGAUUUGCUGUUGGAAAUGGUUUGUCAAGUGCUGAACUGAAUGAUGACUCACUAAUAUAUUUUGCUUACUAUCAUGGUUUACUUGGGGAAACGCUCUGGGACAAUAUUGUAGACAUCUGCUGCAAUGGAGAUUCCACAAAUUGCACAUUUUCCCAAAAUGCACGGGGGAAACCAGACUGUGCACAGUUUAUAGGGCAAGUUCAGGCUCUGGCAUGGUCAAGUGGUCUGAAUGUUUACAACCUGUAUGGUUCUUGUGCUGGAGGUGUAGAUAGAACAAUGGUCUCAAAGAGCAACAUCACCGGCACCAGUGUUGUUUCUGCAAAUUUUGGCUGGAAUUUUCCCUGGCUUCCCAGAGUCCAAAAAGAAAGAGAAUGGAUAAAGAAUCUUCCCCGAGAUGAGACUGGGAGACUGUCUGUGACACCUCCUUGCAUUAAUGCAACAGGGCCACUGAUGUACAUGAACUCUGCUGAUGUACGCACGGCACUGCAUAUUCCUCCUCAGCUGCCAAAGUGGGACGUCUGCAGUGAUAUCCUUCAUUACAAAAUGAUUUACAAUGACCUAAGUCCACAGUAUCAAAAGAUUCUGGAUGGUGGAAAACGUGUACUUGUCUACAAUGGGGAUGUGGACAUGGCCUGCAAUUUUCUUGGUGAUGAGUGGUUUGUUGAUCGUCUAAUCAGACCUAUUGUGAAAGAACGUUCAGAAUGGUUCUUCACUGAUGCUCAUCAGACAAAGCAAGUGGCAGGAUUUGUGAAGCAGUUCGAAAGACUUACAUUUCUAACAGUGAGAGGAGCUGGUCACAUGGUACCAACUGACAGACCUCGCCCAGCCUUGGAGAUGUUUACCAAAUUUUUAUUAAACCAAAUAUUCUAGUUUUUGACAUAUUGUGUGAUCCUAUAUUGUUUCCAGUUCACUAACCGAGGAUUAUAUAAAGACUGAUUUGGUAACUAUGAUAAAGUAUAACUUAAGCCCAUAAUUUUUUUAUCGACCUAUGAACUCAAAACCUGGAUAAAUAAGAUCUGGCCAUUUUUAAGAAACUCCCCACGUAAAAAAAAAAGUUGAUUUCCCCCGAAACAGAAAAUGCAAAACCUGCUUAGUACAUAGAAUACACAGCUGGAUAUACUAUUUUGGGAGUGCUUUCAUUUAAAAACAUUUUUUUGAGAUUGUGAUUUUUAGCAUUAAGUUUCUCUUUUGAGAACUAUGCAUGCAUCCAGAACUUCAUUGAUCCUUCAUGUGUAUUUUCUGAUGGAUAGGUAUGUUUUCAUACCUUCAUCAGUCUUUGGUAAAACAAGCAUAUAUAGGCAUGUGUGAACAUAUAUGAACAUACUGUCAUUGAAGCAGCACAAUAUAUGAUCUGUGUAUGUUCAAUAGUGAUCUUACAAACAUUUAAAAACAAUUUCUUACAAAAAUUCAGAUCACUCUCAUUUUGUGGCUGUUUUUCUUUUUUUUUUUUGCUAUAAAAUGCGAUAAAAUCCAUUUUACUGUUCUUGUGGCAUUUUGCAUUCUAUAAAAUUGUGAUUCUUUUUACUAUGUAAUCUGCAUCGAAAAUUUUUUACAAAUUAACUUUGCAACAUUUGAUUGUGAUGGGGAAUCUUAUUGAGAAAGGGACA